GACGGAGAGAGCGCGAGCACAAAGCGGAAUAAAAAAAGGCGGAAAAGCGAGGGCACUGCCUGCGCUUCGCUGCUCUCCCCGCUGAGCGAGGGCUGCGCCAGGCACCCUACCAGUAUUUGUUUGUUUAUAUUAUAUAUAUAUAUAUAAAUCGUCGCUCACUCCACUCUGCCGAGCGCCGGGCCCUGGACUCACAUACCACUUCGCACUUCCGCAGACGGACCACGGGCGGGGGGGGGCUGGGCUGCUGCUCCUUUGGCUUGGAACCAGGCUACCAGCCGAGGGGAGAGCGAGACGAGAGCGUCCCUGUCCUCCUCCAGCAGGCCUCCACCCUCCCCGUCCCCGAGCUCGUCGUCGCCACACCAGGCGAGGCCGCGGGGCUUCGCUACUCGGAGAGGGAGGGCGGAAUGGGGCCGUCGUCCAUUCAGGAGAUGGAGGAGGCCCGAAGGACCGCAGUGCAGAGCUGCCACCGGGUGCUGGCGCUCCUCUCCAACCCGCACGGCCAGCUCGUCCCCAGCAAGGACCUCAUGGCUGCCACCGGGGAGGCCGUCGCCAAGUUCGGCUCCCUGACGGCCAAGCUCACCAACUCCAACUCCAACUCCAACGGCAAUGGCCUGCAGCUGCAGGGCCACGCUAGGGUCAGGAAGAUCAAGAAGCCCCUGCCCAUCUUCGACAGCAACCUCUUCCUCGAGAGCUCUGCGGUGGCCGCCGCCGCCGCCGCCACUGUGGCCAAGACGCCCAGCCCGAGCCCGAUCACUGGCCUCCAGCUGUUCCCGAGGUACCACCAGAUGGAGGGCUCGUCGUCUAAGGAUCCUGUCAGGAUCCCUACCCAGUUCCCCAAGAGGUUACUGCUAGAGAACCCGGCUGCCGGUCUGGAGGGGCUGCCGUCCAAGGCCCCUCCGGUCCAGAUGGUCCAGCCGGUGUCGGUUGCGCCUCCUGCAGGGACGCCUACCCCGGCAUUGCCCGCUGCUCACCUUCAUUUCCUCCAGCAGAACCAGAGCUACCAGAGGUUUCAGCUCAUGCAUCAGAUGAAGAUUCAGAACGAGAUGAUGAAGAGGAGCAAUCUUGGUGAUCAGGGUGGUAGCUUAAGCGGUGGUGGUGGUGGUAAGGGUGUGAAUCUCAAGUUUGAUAGCUCGAAUUGCACAGCGUCAUCGUCUCGCUCCUUCCUUUCGUCUCUGAGCAUGGAAGGGACUCUUGCGAGUUUGGAUGGAAGCCGGGCCAGCAGGCCAUUCCAGCUAGUUAGUGGCUCUCAGACAUCUAGCACACCGGAGAUGGGCCUGGUGCAUAGGAAAAGGUGCGCUGGUAGGGAGGAUGGGGGUGGUCGGUGCACUACCGGGAGCCGGUGCCAUUGUUCAAAGAAAAGGAAGCUUAGGAUAAGGAGGUCCAUCAAGGUCCCUGCAAUAAGCAACAAGGUUGCAGACAUCCCAGCUGAUGAGUUCUCGUGGAGGAAGUAUGGGCAGAAGCCAAUUAAGGGAUCCCCACAUCCUAGGGGUUAUUACAAGUGUAGCAGCGUGAGAGGGUGCCCCGCGAGGAAGCAUGUCGAGAGGUGCGUGGACGACCCCUCGAUGCUGAUUGUUACCUAUGAAGGUGACCACAACCACAACCGAGUUCUAGCCCAACCAGCCUGAUCUUUCAGGCUAUCAAUUCAAGAUCGCUUCUAUAGUCACCCUCCUUCCCCUAGAGGAAGGGAGGACAACAACAACAAGAAGAAGAGCCUAGUGUCUGUACAUAUUUUCUGCUUCUAACAGUUGGGGGGAGAGAGAGUCAGUUAGCUAGCUCUUUCAGAAGAAUCAAAUCAAUGGUGACAGAAGGAAACUUAUCGCGUCGAUGGAGAAAGGGAGAGUGCCUCAUCAAAUCAAAUACUCUAGUUUUGUAGUUUCGAUUUCUCUUUUGUGUUCAUCAUCCUGUGUUAGGGCCCCAUCCUGUGGUUGCAGUGUAGUAACAUUGAGCUGCAGUUGUAUGUCUGAGAAAUGGUGUUAGGGGGAUUGGAUCGGAGAAGAAGGCAUAAGGCAGGAAAGUGCCUGUAAAAGUGGCUACACCUAGGAACAGAAUGUACAAUCGUCUUCAGCCCAGUGGUACAAUCUUGUUGAUGCAGUGGUUUGGUUUGGUC